AUGGCAGGAGCUCAGGUGGGGCUCCCGGGGCACUUCCCAGAGCCUUCAGUGGGGCCAUGCCCUGUCUCCGACUCUGACUCUGACUCCGAGGAUGCAGCUGUGGGUGGCACAGGAGUUGGUGCCGGGGCGCAGAAUCGUUCCCAGGUCAUCCACAGCGGGCACUUCAUGGUGUCCUCCCCGCACAGCGACUCUCUGCCCCGCCGGCGCCACCACCGCGCCGAGCCCAAAGCGGCUGAUCCCCGGAGCAUCGACCCGACCCUCACCCGGCUCUUCGAGUGCAUGAGCCUGGAGUACAGUGGGAAGCUGGUGUCUCCUAAGUGGAAGAAUUUCAAGGGGCUGCGACUGCUUUGCCGGGAUAAAAUCCGUCUCAACAACGCUAUCUGGAGGGCCUGGUACAUCCAGUAUGUGGAGCGGAGGAAGAGCCCUGUGUGUGGCUUCAUCACCCCCCUGGAGGGCUCGGAGGCUGAUGAGCACCGAAAACCAGAGGCUGUUGUGCUGGAGGGCGACUACUGGAAACGCCGCAUCGAGGUGGUGAUGAGGGAGUACCACAAGUGGAGGAUCUACUACAAGAAGCGGCUCCGAAGGUCCACCCGGGAGGGAGACAUCUCCAGUCCAAAGAGGGAUGAGGAUGGCUGGAGGCCAAUGGAGCAAUGGUGCAACCAGCUCUUCUGCAACGUGGUGCCCAUGCUGCUUGGGGAUGAGGAAGAGGAGCCGGGGAGCAGGCAGCACUUUGACUUGGACAGCUUCCUCUCAGACAUCUCUGACACCCUCUUCACCAUGACACAGACACCCAGUGCCCACCAGGCACUCCCUGAGGAUGUGUAUGUUGGGAAUGCUGACAUGAUCCAGCCAGACUUGGCACCCCUGCAGCCCAGCCUGGAUGAUAUGGAGAUCUCAGGUCUCCUCAUGCCUGUCACUCUCUCUUCACUUGACCCUGCAGAUAUCUUCACCACCUAUCGGACACCAGCAUCACAGACACAAUCAGGCUACCAGGAGCCACCUUGCUUUGUGCCCAUGGCUGAUCCCCUGUUCAGCAGUGGUGGGGCACUGAUGAGUGCCCGCGAGCUGCCCACAAGCCCUGAGGCCCCAGUUCCAUCCAGCAACCUCCUCCAGCCCAGCAGUGCCUCCCAGCUCAGCCUCCACGAUGCCUUCCUGAGCCCCGAGCUUCCCCCAGCCCCCCUGCCCCCUGAGCCCCCUGCCACAGCCCCCAGCAGCCUCAGCCCCCAGCUCCAACACAAGCCUGCACUGCAAUAUGGCCUCCCCAGCAAGUGCCUUGACUUGGAGUCACCAGGACCCCACUAUGCCCCCCCCAGCCCAUCCCCUGGGGCACCACUCCUGGGCCCAGACCCCCUCUUCUCCCCUGCCUCGGCUCCCCGUUCCAAGUUCUCCUUUCCCAGCUCACCUGGCCCCUCGCUCCUUACCCACUCUGCCUCCCCCCUCUCAGCACCCUCCUUUGCCCCCCAUGCCCCUCCAGGAUUGGGCUACACUGCAGGCAUGGUGCCCCCAGGGUAUCCCAGCCUGAUUGCUCCCCAGCUCCCUCCCCCUGCCCUGCUGGGCGACCCCAGGUUUGCCCCCCCAAAGGGGCUGCCCCAAGGUGGGGGCGGGAGGCCAAAGGUGAAGCCUGGUGGCACCAAGGUGAAGAGGGGACCCCCAGCAUCACCCCACUUGGCUGUGCCCAACACUUGCCUGAGCCAGCUGCUGACUGCAGCCAAGGAGGACCCAGCCCUGGAUGCUCCACCCCUGAUGGGUGCAGGACUCAUGCCCUCCUCCCCUGUCUCCCCGCAGCAGAGCACUGUCCCUGAAGUCCCUGCCACCUUCCUCUCCAGAAUGGCCCAACUGAGCCCAGGACUGGCUCCUGGCUCCAUUCCUUCCCAGGCAGUGCCAGCACCAGUGCCGCUGGCAGGCACCCAGCCAGGCUCACUGCUAGUCCCCAAGGUGGAGCGGCUGUCCCCAACGUCGACUUGUGGCAGCGACUGGCCCAAGCCCAGCCAGGCUUCCCCAGGACCAACUGCCAGGCUGGGCACUGGCAUCACCCCACGCCACCCCAUACCCCGUCGGGGCCGGCCUGAUUCCAGCAAGACGGAGAGCCGCCGCAUCACGCACAUCUCCGCCGAGCAGAAGCGGCGCUUCAACAUCAAGCUGGGCUUCGACACGCUGCACAGCCUGGUGAGCACGCUGAGUGCCCAGCCCAGCAUCAAGGUCAGCAAGGCCACCACCUUGCAGAAGACAGCAGAGUACAUCUGCAAGCUGCAGCAGGAGCGGGCAGCUCUGCAGGAGGAGGCACAGCGGCUGCGGGAGCAGAUCGAGGAGCUCAACAGCUCCAUCAACCUGUUCCAGGAGCAGCUGCCUGCCACGGGGGUGCCCAUCACACGCCAGCGCUUCGACCAGAUGCGCAGCAUGUUCGACGACUACGUCCGCUCCUCCACGCUGCAGAACUGGAAGUUCUGGAUCUUCAGCAUCAUCAUCCGGCCCCUCUUUGAGUCUUUCAAUGGCAUGGUCUCCACAGCCAGCAUGGAGAGCCUCACCCAGACAUCUCUUGCCUGGCUGGACCAGCACUGCUCCCUCCCAGCACUUCGGCCAACUGUCCUGAGCUCCCUCCGGCAGCUGAGCAUUUCCACCUCCAUCCUGAGUGACCCAACCUGCAUCCCUGAGCAAGCCACACAAGCAGUGGCAGGGAGUGGCCGUGGUGGCAGCUUCUCUUAG